AUGACAAUUUUAAUAAUAUUGCUCUACAAAUUAAUUGGCACAAAAACUACAGAAAUUGGACGUCUUAUACAAGAGAAUAAAAUUUUGAAUGAGAAGAAAAGUGUUGCACCAUUUAUUGAAUGCGUUUAUAAAAAAUCACGGGAAUAUUCAACUGUUAGCUGCGGUGAAGAUGACGAUUCUUAUGCUUUCAUUUCACGAUUUCAUGAAAGUGUUUCAACAAAUUUUCGAUGUGUUGAUCGUGUAGAUGUGUUGCCAUGUUUAUCAACUGAUAAUGUAUUGUUAUUUAACCAUACAAGGCUGGAAAAAUUUCCUCAGUGUGCAGGUCUAAAUAAUAUAAGACUUAAGAACUCUAUUACGCAAUCGACUCCAAUUGUGGCACCAUCAAUAAAUAUCACAGAAUAUCAGGGCAAAAUACUUCGUCCAAAAGACUUUUUGGUAAAAUGUCCCAAAUGUGCUAUCAAAAGUUUCUUUGGCUGGAGAGAUACAGAUGACGCUGAAGAUAGACGUUGUGCACGUGAACUUAAAACGUAUUCACUUGGUUGGCCACAACAUGCACGUUUUUGUGAUGAGGAAGACAUGCAUGAUGAGCCAGAUUUUUGCCGACUUCAUGACUUACUUCUUGAAAAACUUGGCGGUGGAAUGGAAGAAAGUAAUGAAUUAAAUUUUGUUAAUUCAGCCGAUGAGAAGAAACCAUUACGAGAACAAAUGCAAUUACCAUAA